AUGGGCAAGAAGCGGAAAAGACCCAUCAAGGACCGCGGUCCCACGUCCUCGUCUCACAUUGGUAUCACCACAUCUCCCGGCCGUUUCAGAAACCCCCAUGGCCCAAUUUCCCUGGAAACAAAAACAAGCCAUCCCGUUAUCUCCCUGUACUACCGACAUGUCGUACCCUUGCGGGAGUACCUGCUCCAGCAACUUCCCGUGACCUCCAAAUCGCGUCGGCGCCGCAUCCUGACAUUGGACUCGCGUGAAGACCAAGACUCCAAUGCACAAUCCGAAACAUUGGCGGAAUUGCUAGACUCCACCCUGGUGGGUGUGUUGAAGGAGUCUUCUGAGACCCUCAAUUCGGAGCGACAUAGGGAAUACUCAUCUUUUAAUGAGUCUCAAUCACGAUCGAUUCUCACCAGCACCGAUACGGGACCAACCUCUCCACAGUCUGAGGUGGUUGAUUUUGUGAUCUGGAAACUAUUCAAUCACAACAAUGGCCCCUACCAAAAGCACCAGCAUUUGUUGACGUAUGGCUUCCAACGCCAGUCUAUCGGACGGAGUGCCCAAGCUACUAGUAUUCCAGGAAUUGUGUCUCAAUUUCGGAAUCAAAAUGUCGAGGUUCUCACCAGGGGUGCAUGGGCAGAGGUCCUUGGCUUGCUUGGUAGUAAUGGGGAAGAUAUUAUGAUGCAGCUCCUGUUCGAUUGCGGAAUUUUUGCCGCUAUCGAUGCUCAAAGGGGUAUAUACUACCAACUCAGCGGUUUACCGCUCUCGGAUCUUGAGCCUUUGAGUGAUUCCCUGGGAGACAAUAGGUGUGCUGCCACAGCACAAGGCCCAACGCCUAUCAGUGAUCAGACACAUCCCAAAAAGAAAGCCGAACGCAAACAGAAUUCCGAUAAGACACUCCAAACUCCAAACAGCAUUGUGUUUCUACGACGGCGUAUUCUCUAUGGACGUGCCGAGUCCAAAAAGGAAGUAUCCUCUGGACUAGGACAGACACAUGUUCUUAGCCGCUUCUCUUCGCUUGAUUCGAUAGCGCAAACAGUCCAUGUAAUGAAGUACAUAUUUCCCCGGCAAUUUGGACUGCUGAAUGUCUUCACUUUGAGCCCGGAUGCACGCGAAAAAAUGGAUGCCUCGAAGAGUUUCAUGUUUCGUGAGAGUGAGAUAUCUCGUUUGGAAGAAGAGAAACGACUACAGCGGCCCCAGCUUGGUAAUCAAUUCACAGACGCAGAUUGUGGCAGCUUGGGAAAUGUCAAGGUACCUAAGAGGCUUCGUGGAAUCACCAUAGAGCUUGUCUGGAAGCUCCGGAAGUGCAACGCACAAUGCUCUUACGGACAGUUGCUGCGAUACUAUUGUCCGACCGAACAAACUGGGCCCAGGAGACUUGGCGCAUUCGCUGUUACUUCCACACCUGAUGCCGAAAAAAGAGAGCCUAUCUCCUCUCUCCAGUCAAAUUUAGUAACACAGGUGCAAAUAAACCGCCCGUCGUCAAGCGAUAGAUCGGCGCAGACCUUAGGCGAUGUCUCCGGAUCAGAUCCGCAUAUCGUUGCCGACCCAUCUGAAAUCGAUGCCAAUCAACCGGUGAUUCGAAAAACUCAAGUCAGUCUAACCGAUUAUGCGACUCCGGCGUCUUCUGUCUCAGCAUUUUGUCGGGCGGUGAUCCAGAAAUUGAUCCCCCGACAGUUUUGGGGGGUUGGUCCGGAUGGCAUUUCGAACUUUAAGCUUGUCCUAAGACAUGUUGACCGAUUUAUCAAAUUGCGCCGAUUCGAAAGUCUUAGUCUGCACGAAGUAUGCAAAGGUGUCAAGAUAACAAGCAUUCCUUGGCUGGAGCCAGCUCAGGUCCAGACUACUUCACCAUCUGAAACAAGAUCGAAGAUUGCCCUGUCUGACCUACACAAACGCACUGAACUACUCCAUGAAUUCAUGUUUUGGAUUUUCGAUUCAAUUCUUAUUCCUCUUAUUCGUUCGCACUUCUAUGUCACCGAAUCUCAAACGCACCGAAACAGGCUUUUCUAUUUCCGCCAUGAUCUGUGGCAGCAUUUGACCCAGCAACCUUUCGGUGACUUGAAAGCAACGAUGUUUGAGGAGCUCGAGCCAGACCAGGCCCAACGCGUGCUGGCGCGGCGGUCUAUUGGUUUCGGAGCUCUCCGUUUGCUUCCCAAAUCUACAGGCCUCCGGCCCAUAUUGAAUCUUCGCAAACAACUCUGGAAGAAAUCGACAUGGAACCGGGGCAUGUACCGUACUGCCAGUAUCAAUUCAAGUAUCACACCUAUCUAUAGCAUGUUGACAUACGAGCGCCAGAAAGCGCCAGCUAAGUUGGGCUCGUCAAUGCUUUCCGUUGGAGACAUGCACCGCCGAUUGAAGGCGUACAAACAACAGCUGUCCAAACGGCUGCCCUUGGUCUCUAAACCCUGGAGAACCAAGCUCCCGCCGAUGUACUUUGUCAAGCUUGACAUCAAAGCUUGUUUUGAUACUAUCCCCCAGAAAAGGUUGCUCGAUCUUAUCGAAGACCUGGUCUCUGAAGAGAGCUACCGUAUCUCAAAGUACAUGGAAUUCCAACCACCUGCUCCUACUGCGCAACAAGAAAAACCCACACGAAGAUAUAGGAGCCGUGCUGCGCCUGCAAUGAGACCGCAACGUUUACCUGAUUUCGUCAAUAGCGGAGGCGCGGCGCGAAAGGCCAACACUGUUUUUGUUGACAAUCAAGUACCACAAGAACGUGACGCUGAUAGUCUUUUAGAACUCCUCGACGAACAUGUCCGGAACAACCUCGUGAAGAUUGGCAAGAAAUAUUUCCGCCAACGCAACGGCAUUCCUCAAGGCUCCGUGCUAUCCAGCAUCCUUUGCAAUUUCUUCUACGCCGAGCUGGAGCGAAAGGUACUGGGUUUUAUCAAACCCGAGGAUUCUCUACUCCUUCGACUCGUGGACGACUUUCUCCUGAUCACGCCGGAUGUAGCCGUGGCAAUGCAGUUCCUGGAAGUAAUGAUUCGGGGUCAACCAUUGUACGGUGUGCAAGUCAAUCCAGCCAAAAGCAUGGCCAAUUUCAGCGCAGCGGUUGAUGGCAUUUUGCUCCCCAGACUUGAAGCGGGCCCAUUAUUCCCGUAUUGUGGUAGUCUCAUCGACACCCAUACGCUUGAAUUCCACCGCGAUCGCGACCGCAUACUAGAAGGGGGCGAAUCAGCUGCUGCUACACUCUCCAACACCUUAACCGUCGAGGCCACUCGCCUCCCGGGCCGCACAUUUUACCGGAAAGUGCUUUCUUCAUUCCGCCUGCAGCUACAUCCCAUGUACAUCGAUGACGAGCAUAAUUCGCGCUCAGUUGUUCUGGCCAACCUCUACUGCAGCUUCAUCACUUCUGCCAUGAAGAUGUAUCGCUAUAUGAAGUCCCUUCGGGGCCGUGCGCACCCCGGCCCUGCCAUCAUAACACAGACCAUUCGCGAUCUAAUUUCGCAGACGGCUGACACGAUUCAGGCCCGGCGUGCUGGUAAUUCAGAGUCUUCAUUCUCGUGUUUUGUCCAGCGAUCACACCUUCAGUACCUAGCUUCUGCGGCGUUUCGAUUUGUUUUGAAGCGCAAGCAAACGCGGUAUUCAGUGGUGCUACGCUGGUUAGACUCGCUGAUCAAAGAUGCUCGACCUAUGUCAGAUUCCGAGGCUUUAAGGAUGACGCAGGUGGUGAAAAGGGGAAACGCAAUGUUUGAGGAAUGGCGCUUCUAG